GAUUAACGCGUGAACUAAUCUAACGACCGUUUGCGGGCAAGCGCAUGUAAUCAUUGGUAGAAGCAAAGGCAAUUGGACACAGCGUAGCUGCUUGAAGCUCACUCUUCAAUUUGCUACCCAGCUACGACAACCCAUCCAACUCUCCCAAGAUGAAGAUUGCCUUCUAUCUCGCGCUCCUGGCCGUCACGAUCUCGUCGACGGCUGCCGAUUCUCCGGCGAUCUUGUCCAGAAAGCUAAUGUGUGCGCAGACACCUGGCACUAAGACGAACUGCUGCAACGACGUGGUGUGCCCGGAAGAUGACCCUCCGGUCUGCGGCUCCGACGGAGUUACCUACCCGAACACGUGUGACUUGAGUUUUGCCAGCUGCAACAACCCAGAGCGCAACAUCACGCUGGUUAGCGAUGGUGCUUGCCCGGGUCAGCCGGUAUCCCAGAUUCCUCAAGUGGCUGCAUGAGCUGGACAGGUCAUCACGACAGGGGCGGACACCUUGGAACGACGUCAAACCACGACAAACUACAUCCUUCUCUUUCUUGCGACAAACAUGGCCUCUGUAGUUUGAGUGCAGCUUUUACAGUGCUUGUACGUACAGUAAACAGCAAGUAACUCAAUAAAAUAACCGCCUAAAUCAAAGUCAGUCAAAUUGUUGGAGC